AUGGCGUGGAAUCAACCAGACCCAGCGCGGCUGAUGGUCCAAAGUGCCUCACAUCGACAAUCACAGUCGAUUGAUGGCGAUACACUGCGUCCGCGGGCGGACUCAUUUGCUUCUUCUGCAGAUACGGUAGUUCGCUCGCGGGCAAACUCUGAAGUAAAUUCCACACAAUCUUCCAAAGAUGCUUAUGAUGAUGUAUCGUUGGCGGAUGCAUUGAAGCCGGAUCCUCGGGAUGAAGCUGAUUUCCAAGUCGAGGAUAAUCGGUUUGCGUUUUCCCCCGGCCAACUAAACAAAAUGCAGAAUCCCAAGUCUCUAGCUGCAUUCCAUGCUCUCGGCGGCUUGCAGGGGCUGGAGCGUGGUCUACGCACAGAUCUAAAUGCCGGUUUGUCAAUAGAUGAAGGGCGUUUGGAGGGAAAUGUCGACUUUCAGGAUGUGACACCACAACACACAGCUGCAGUGAAAUCUUUACCAGCCAACACUUCGGCGCCGGCGCCGGCGUCAGCAGCUGGUAAUGGCUCAUCUUUUGAAGACCGCAUUCGUGUCUUCAGUCAGAAUAAACUACCCGCUCGGAAAUCGACCGGUUUCCUGAGACUGUUCUGGAUUGCUUAUAACGACAAAAUCAUUAUAUUAUUGACAAUCGCCGCUGUGGUCUCACUAUCCCUAGGGAUAUACGAGACCGUGUCAGAAGGCACAGGCGUCGACUGGGUGGAAGGAGUCGCCAUCUGCGUGGCUAUUCUGAUUGUUACAAUUGUCACGGCUGCCAACGAUUGGCAAAAAGAGAGACAAUUUGCCAAACUUAAUAAGCGGAACGAUGACCGUGAAGUCAAAGUCACCCGCUCGGGCAAAACCAAUAUGAUAUCAAUCUACGAUAUAAUGGUCGGUGACAUCCUCCAUCUCGAGGCAGGUGAUGCCAUCCCCGCGGAUGGCAUUCUAGUUACAGGUUACGGUGUAAAGUGCGAUGAGUCUUCCGCCACCGGCGAGUCGGAUCAAAUGAAAAAAAUCACCGGCCAUGAAGUAUGGCAGCAAAUUGUCGACGGCAGGGCAACUAAGAAACUCGACCCGUUCCUGAUCUCUGGUAGCAAGGUCCUUGAAGGUGUGGGGACUUACGUUGUCACCAGUGUUGGGCCGUAUUCUACCUACGGACGGAUCUUGCUGUCGUUACAGACUCCCAAUGACCCAACGCCGCUUCAGGUCAAGCUGGGUAAGUUGGCGGAUUGGAUUGGAUAUAUGGGUACAGCAGCUGCUGGUAUUCUGUUCUUCGUUCUCCUUUUCCGAUUUGUAGCCGAUCUUCCCAAUCACCCGGAGAGGAACGGUGCUAUGAAAGGCAAAGAGUUUGUGGAUAUUCUUAUCGUUGCUGUCACGGUUAUUGUUGUCGCUAUUCCAGAGGGCCUUCCAUUGGCAGUAACACUGGCUUUGGCAUUUGCUACCACCCGAAUGGUCAAGGAAAACAAUCUCGUCCGUGUCCUUCGUGCAUGCGAGACAAUGGGCAAUGCCACGGUCAUCUGCUCUGAUAAAACAGGUACAUUGACACAGAAUAAGAUGACUGUUGUGGCUGGAACCUGGGGCUCGGAUCAGGGCUUCAGCCAAAGAACCGAAGAUGAAGGUGUGGAGGGCUCAAUGACUAUUUCGGCUGUUUCCCAGCAGCUAUCGGCCCCCGUCAAAGAUUUGAUCAUCAAGAGCAUUGCUUUGAACUCGACUGCAUUUGAACAGGAAAAAGACGGCGCCAUUGAUUUUGUCGGUAGUAAGACCGAGGUCGCUAUGCUUCAGUUGGCCCGCGAUUAUAUGGGAAUGGACCUUGCCUCGGAGCGUGGUUCCGCUGAAAUCGUCCAACUGUUUCCUUUUGACUCCACCAGGAAAUGCAUGGGUAUCGUUUACCGUGCUCCUGGUGUUGGCUACCGACUCCUUGUCAAGGGAGCGUCCGAGUUGAUGGUUGGCGUCUGCACCUCAGAAAUUGUCAACAUCGAUACUUCUAAAGAGAGGCCUGAUGUGGAGCAGCUUUCUGAAGCACAGAAGCAGCACCUCCUCGAGCUCAUCGACGGUUAUGCUCACAAAUCUCUUCGGACAAUUGGCAUGGUCCACAAGGAUUUCACAGCCUGGCCACCGGCCGGGGCCAAGCAUUCUGAAGAUUCUUCCGCAAACUUCGAUGAUAUUUUCCACGAUAUGACCUGGGUCGGAGUCGUAGGUAUCCAAGACCCCCUCCGCCCUGAAGUCCCUGGGGCCAUUCGCAAAUGCCACUCGGCAGGCGUCCAGGUCAAGAUGGUGACUGGUGACAAUGUUGCCACUGCCACUGCUAUUGCAUCUUCUUGUGGAAUCAAGACAGAAGAUGGAUUGGUCAUGGAAGGUCCCAAGUUCCGCCAACUCACAAACGCUGAGAUGGAUGAAGUUGUUCCCCGCCUGCAAGUACUGGCACGAUCAUCCCCCGAAGACAAACGAAUCUUGGUCGAACGGCUCAAGGCCCUCGGCGAAACGGUCGCUGUAACAGGUGACGGUACCAAUGAUGGUCCGGCUUUGCGGACUGCAGAUGUCGGCUUCUCCAUGGGUAUUGCUGGUACCGAGGUCGCGAAGGAGGCGAGUUCGAUUAUUCUGCUGGAUGAUAAUUUCAAGUCCAUUAUCACAGCAAUUGCCUGGGGACGAGCUGUCAAUGACGCCGUUGCCAAGUUUUUGCAGUUCCAGGUCACGGUCAAUAUCACAGCCGUGGUACUCACCUUCGUGUCAUCUGUGUACAGCAGUGAGAAUGCUAGUGUCUUGACCGCUGUCCAGCUACUCUGGGUAAAUCUUAUUAUGGACACCUUUGCUGCCCUCGCCUUAGCUACCGAUGCCCCGACUGAACAAAUUCUCGACCGCAAGCCUGUCCCCAAACAUGCCUCUCUCUUCACAUUGACCAUGUGGAAGAUGAUUCUCGGCCAAGCAGUUUACCAGCUAGCCAUUACAUUCAUGCUCUAUUUUGCAGGCGAGAAGCUCCUCGGUGCCCAUCUCAGCUCAGAUCCCGAGAUGCGUGCGAAGGAGCUCUCGACCGUGGUCUUCAACACUUUCGUGUGGAUGCAGAUCUUCAACGAAUUCAACAACCGCCGCCUCGACAACAAAUUCAAUAUCUUUGAAGGCAUGUUCCGCAACUACUGGUUCCUAGGGAUCAACACCAUCAUGGUCGGCGGUCAAAUCAUGAUCAUUUACGUGGGCGGCCAAGCAUUCUCCGUGACUCGUUUGAGCGGCACCCUCUGGGGGGUGUGUAUUAUCUGCUCUAUUGCCUGUUUGCCCUGGGCUAUCGUGCUUCGGCUCAUUCCAGACUACCAUUUCGGUAUCGUUUUCAAUGCCGUUGUUGGCGGUAUGGCUAUUAUUUUGCGCCCGCUUUCCAAAGGGUGCAAGGCAAUUGGUCGUGGUAUUAGGUCCUUCUUUAGACCCGUGAAGCGCUUCACUCGCCGUGUUGUCAACAAGCGGAAGUCAGAGGAUGAAGUCGAGUUGAACCCGCAGCCUGCAAACUCUGCUGAUCCCGAAGAGGCUCCUGAGAGACUUGAACAGAAUAAGCAAAAGACUCCUGAACGCCCUAUCACACCUCCACUGGUCGUCGUUCCCCCUAUCACAAUUACGACAUCUCCUUAG